GCAGUACGUACAGGGGGCGGGUCCGGCAGUGUGUGUGGGAAGUGAGCAGCUAGAGGCCCGGAGACUCCAGUGUGUACAGGCCGCCGGUGUGUGUCCUCCUUCCGCCGCCAUGUGUGAUAAGGAGCUGAUGUGGGCCCUGAAGAACGGAGACUUGGACGUCGUCAAAGAGUUCAUUGCCGGGGGUGAGGAUGUCAAUCGGACACUAGAUGGUGGUCGCAAGCCUCUACAUUAUGCAGCAGACUGUGGACAAGAAGAAAUACUGGAAUAUCUCCUGUCAAAGGGAGCUGAUAUCAAUGCACCAGAUAAACAUGGAAUCACUCCUCUUCUGUCUGCCACCUACGAAGGACAUAUUAAAUGCGCCAAGCUACUCCUGGAAAGGGGAGCUGACAAGAACGUGAAGGGACCCGAUGGACUAAGUGCCUUUGAAUCUACAGACAACCAGUCAAUUAAAGAUCUACUGCAUUGAUGGGACCGGAGAUUGUCAGCACCGUUUGCCUCUCACACUUCCUAUUUUCUUUUCUUUCUUUUAAUUUUUUUUUUUCUGCCAUUCUUCAAUCAUUUUCAUCUUAACGGUGGGGAAAUGCAGUGACACUUGAGAGAGGAACAACCUCGGUUAGAAUGCCCAAUGUCUCUGCUAACGUUUUUCUAUAGUUGGGAACAUACCACUCCCCACAAAAGCACAGGGGUAUUUUAGGAUCAUUCGAAGGAAUGGAUCACAGACCUUCAUUCUAGAACAUAUACCUUGUUUACAAAAGAGGUUUUACAACUUACUCUUGAUUGUAGGGAUUGUUUGAACUUGAAGAUUAAGUAAGAUUAUUAUAUUUUCUUUUUUUAGCUUUCUUAUUUAGAAUGUUGUAUGAGAACUAGUAUUUUUUAGGCUUUUGAUCAUGUUCUAAACUGUUUAAUAAAUAUUCUUCACUUCAUGCAGUGUAUGGAGCGAGUUUGAAGGCCUUGUAUACUUAAGAACAAAUAACUCAACAGUAUAUACAUUGGACCU